AUGUUUCGCAACUCCCGUCGUUCCUUCGUCCUCGCCCCCGUUCCCGUCUUCAAGCGCCUCCGUGGCCUGGACCGCAAGCGUGUCGAAAAGUCGAGCAAGAAGGUCGAACAGCUCCUCGGUGCCACCCCCGUCAUCGACAUCAUCCCCGCCUCUCCCCGCCCCCAGUCCGCCCGCCCACCAGUGUCCGCGUCAGCGCGGUCGCCGCUGAAGAGUGCAGGCAAGCACAAGGGAAAGGGCCGCAAGGCCCCGCCUGCCCCGAUUUUGCGCUACAAGCUGCCGGCGAACAUCCGUGAACCAGAGCAGGCGGACGACGUCGCGCUCACCCCGCCGACUCGGCCGUUCGCGCGCAAGGCCGUACCCGCCUCGCUCGACCUCCCGACCCCGAUCUGGCGCACGAUGGCGAUGGCCUCUGCACCCGCCAAGCGACGCAGGUACACGCCCCGCAGCCCCGGCAUGCUCCUCAGCCCCCUCUCGCCCCUCUCCCCGUUCUCGCCCAUCGAGACCACGGCGAUGCGGCAGGAACGCUACGUUGGUCUCCGUCGCCUCGCCCGCGUCUCCCGCGCAUUCCGGGACACCGUUGUCGACGAGCUCCCCGCCUUCCUGCCCAUCCCGACCGACGUCCCGGACACGUAUCUCGACCUUUACCGGAUCUCAACCUGGCAGCCGUCGCCGACCACCGCGGGCCCGACCCCCACUUCGGCGUUCACGAGCCGCCCGGCGUCCAGCGCGUACACGGCGUGCAGCAUCGUCGACGGCCGUCUGGGCCGCUGCCGGCGGAGCGUGUCGAUGAGCUUCCUGCGCGAGUCGCCGACCGCGACACCGACCGCACGUAUGAGCUUCAUUGUCCCACACUCUGCGUCCCCCGCCUCCCACUCGGCGCACAUCCCCACCCCGCUCACCGCCGACCCGCGCUCCCCGCUCUCCGCACGCGUGUCGCGUUUCACCUACGCGACCGCGACCACCUCCCGGCGCCGCACCGCACGCUACACGCUCGUCAUCCGCGUGCCCUCCCCACGGACGCCCACCGCCCGCACCUCCCUCGCACCCACCCUCGCGCCGCCGCCCCCCUCCGCCACGCGCUCCGCGUCCUCCCGCGCCUCCUACACCGUCGUCCUCCAGCUCCCGCCCCGCCGCCGCUCGUUCGCGCCCGCGACGCCCGCGGACGAGGACUCGCACAUGCAGCAACAGCAAACCGCCGCCCGCGCGACGAUCUACGGCCUCGAGCUCACCACGCCCACCACGCCCGCGGUCGAAGUGCGCUCGCCUCGCGCGCCGUACUGGGUUCGCCAGUCGUACCGCCCGCAGGGCGUCCGGCGUACGCACAGCACCGCGCGCCGCGCUGGCCAGCGUGUGCCGCCGACGCCACGCACGGUGCGCAGGGAACGCAGGCAGGGCUGGGGCGGGGAGUGGCGCACGGGCGCGGUCGAGGGCCUCAAGGAGAUCAAGACGCCCGCGCCGCGUCGCGUCAGCCAAGUCGCACCGAAGCCCGAGGUCGUCGUGGAGGCAUAG